GCAGCGAUGGCUCACAGCUUCACUCAGGAGUAUUUUCAGAUCCCCGUGGUGACCCGAGCCUACACGACCGCCUGCGUCCUCACCACCGCUGCUGUGCAACUCGAGGUCAUCACCCCCUUUCAGCUCUACUUUAACCCAGACCUCAUCAUCAGAAGAUACCAGAUAUGGCGCCUGAUAACCAGCUUCCUCUUCUUUGGUUCUCUUGGGUUCAGUUUCGUGUUCAACAUCAUCUUUCUUUAUCGAUACUGCCGGAUGUUGGAGGAAGGCUGUUUUCGGGGAAGGACGGCGGAUUUUGUCUUCAUGUUCAUGUUUGGAGGAAUCGUGAUGACUCUUUUCGGUCUCUUCGCCAACGUCUUCUUCCUGGGUCAGGCCUUCAUCAUCAUGCUGGUGUACGUGUGGAGUAGACGACAUCCGCUCGUACGCAUGAACUUCUUCGGCCUCCUGAACUUCCAGGCGCCAUUCCUGCCCUGGGUGCUCAUGGGAUUUUCGCUGCUGCUCGGGAACUCCAUCAUGGUCGACCUGCUGGGUAUCAGUGUCGGUCAUAUGUAUUAUUUCCUGGAGGACGUGUUUCCAAACCAGCCGGGAGGAAGGAAGCUGCUGAUGACACCAGAGCUUCUGCGGAUCAUGUUCGACCGGCCGGAGGACCCAGACUACCGUCCCCUCCAGGAGGAGCAGCAGGGGGGAGGUCUGCAGGACGAGGAGCCGGACAACUAACAGCACCAAGACGCCCAAAAUCCAGAUAAAUCAGAGGACAAAGGAAGAAAGUCAGAAAAGUGUCUGAGGAGGAGGAGGAGUGUCUUUUUUUUAAACCAAAAAAUGCAAAAGCAUGUUGGAGUUUAAUGGCACGUUCAGGCUAAGCAUUUUAACUCCGGAGAAAACAGCAGCACAGAGACGGCCGAAAAGUCUCAGAAGAAGACUGAAUUUUGCUUCCAGAAACUGCAACAUAAACUGGCAGUGAGAUAUAACCCCAAAAUGCAUUUGGGUUGCUCAAAGAACGACAGAGCGCUGCGUCCUGCACACGCAUGUUGGCAACAGCAAAGACACUGAAGAAGACCGUCAGAGUUCACAUGAACCGAACCGUGCAGCAUGUCAAAUGUUUUAACUACUUAAAACCUGCACAAACUGGACUGACUUGACUUAAUUUAAAAAAAAGGUAGGAAGGCAAAAGAAAAAAUGACUCAAAGAUAAGCGAGAAAUUAAGAAAUAGAACUAGAAAAUCCCCUGAAAAUCAGUAAA